UCACCGGUCAUGGAAGAACGGACCGGGCAAUACUCCAUGACACCGUUGUGAAGGAGAGCCAAGUGGAUCGACGGUGAAAAUAAACACGAAAAUAUUACGCUGCCUCGUGUCGCGCGAAUGAUUAAUUAAAAACGCAAAGAAAGAAGAAAAAUGUUGCUUCCAACAUGGGUGAUGCCAUGUUUAACGAUGGGGUUGGCGAUGGCGCUGGCCCAGGUUCCCCGUCAAUCGAUGGAGGAAUCCCUGAGAAGCGCCCUGGACGCGAUCAGCAGGAAACAACGAUCGUUGGACGGUAAUUCGCAGGAUUACUACAACGAUCUUCGCGGAUUCAAAUACCACGGUGACGACGGGGAGAGAAAGUUCGACAGAGAACGGCAGGCCGAGAGAGAACUGGACGACGAAGAAGAGGACAUUGAAUUCCUCCCGAGUGAAGUCGGCCAGCUGGAGACCGUCGGUAACGGAUAUCAGGAUCUGAAUAAUAAACUGUUGAAGAGAGCUUUGAUCGCUUAUUUGAAGAGCAUCCCGCAACAGGAUGAACCGGUUACGUCACUGUUUCGGGAACGGGAGCGUACCUCCAACCGUAAAAGGGACUCGGAGUCUGAACGGCUAAAUUUGGACAAUAAAGAACUGGCGAAACUGUACAUGUUCAUAAAAGAACUACAGAACGAUUCCCCUUAUGCCAUCGAAGACGGUGAAGAGGAGCGGUAUCUAGAUCCUCGUCAAAUCAUCUACGACCCGUACAGAGAUGAUCGGGGCAACAAAUUGACCGAUCAGACUGCGGGGCCGAUGUCCUGGGGCGAGUCGAUGGUCCGCGGCGGACAGGGCAGGGAGGUCGACGAGAACGACUACGGCGACCGGGAACAGGAUCCGAACUUGCUGUACGUGCCCAUGGGCGAACCACGGAACGUGAACGGCGGAUACUCCGUGGGACGAACCCAGAGGACCUACGGGAGCAUGGCUAAACGUUAUCCCAUAGCCAAGAGAAGCCCGAAACCGAUGCCCACCAAAAAACAAGUCACUGAUCCCAAGGUUGUUCGAGAUCUGGGAGUACUGUUCGGCGCUCAAACAACGAACACUCCGAAUCGUACUCAUAGCCAUGAUCACGAUCACGGUCACAGCCAUGACCAUGUUCACGACCACGACCAUGACCACGAUCACGAUCACGAUCACGACCACGAUCACGACCACGAUCACAGCCACGACAACGAGCAAGGGGAUCAGCACAAACACGAGAGUUCCACGGAGACACCUGACUCUGUAACGUCGUCGUCCAAGGGACAAAAAGAGAAUACCGGGAAAUCGGUUAAAUCGAAAUCUAUCGAGGUGAGGAAGAAGAGUGUCGACUGGUCACAGUAUUUUGGCAUCGAUCGAAGAAGAAAGAAGGCCAUGUUUACAGCCGGCCAAGGAUCCCAGAAUCAAGACGACAAUUGGAUGUUACAACGAUAUUACGAGAACACGGUAGAGAACUUGAAGGACCGGGAUCACGAGAAUGAGAGGCAGGACAGGCUCGGCCAGUCGAAUACCAGGCCAAAAACCGUGAAGGACUUGAUACUCGAGGAGAGUUUGAGAUACGCGGACUCCGAGGACGCAGAUUUACAGAAGAUAAAGGAUAAACUGAUGGCCCGUUUGGCUGCCGCGUAUUCCUACGAGAAAAUGAGGAAAGCCUUGAACGAGCUCCGAAACAGCGUCGCGGCUAGAACGGAAGGUCAGAAGAUGGCCCACGCACAGAGCAACCAAACGUCCAACUUCCGCGAGAACAAUAAUCUUAAAAAUUCAAAGGACAAGCGCGUGAACGGCAACAGCUUUCAAUUAAUCGAGAACGAAAAUUCGGAGGAGAACAGAGCCUGUCCCGAGUUAGAGAUGAUCGAGAAGGGAUGCAGAAGGACCGGGAAAAUAGCUGGAGAUGAAUCGGAGGUGUUUUACCUUCCUUGCGUCAUGCUUCAAAUUUGCAAGGCCUGCGUACAAGACGAGUUGGAGCAGGAGUGUUUAGGUAAUUAUGCGGUGGAAGCGAGAAGGGUGUGCGAUGCGCAAGAGACGAUGGAAGGUGCGAAGGGUAGAGAAGCUUGCGUUAGCACGGCGAUGAUCAUCUCUCAGUUGGAAGUCCCGCCUAUGAUCUCCGAGCAAUGUCGCAUCGAUGGGAACGAUUCCUGUCUGCGUUACCAGCUGUACCGCUACUGGCAUCAUUACCUUCGCUAUCCUUACAGCGGUCGAAGGCCCAGCAAUUACGACGCGAUCGAUCCCCAACAGUCGGAUCGAUAAAGAGCGAACGAUUAAAUCGUCAACGACGGUUCGGAGACCCUCUAUUAAGAAACUCUCGAAAGCUCUCUAACCGCAGACCUCGAAACGAGCUUCAUUUCCAUAGUCAAUCUUUCAGUCUACGAUUCGUUUAAUUUGCGAGACGGCGCGGAGAGGUCUGAUUUUCUUGCAAGCCAAGAUCUAACGAGGAACCCGAGGAAGUUAGAUUAAUUCGAUGUGUAACGUUGCGUUUAUAAACACGAUAGAACUCGUCACGCUGUUAUUUUCGUUCGAAUCGAAACGGAGGAAAAAGGAUCGAGCAACGAUCAAACGGUAUCGUUUCACGCGCGACAGUUUUGGUAUAAGAAACAAACCCCAAUAACGGUGAGAAAUGUAUGGUCGGAUUAUACAGGCGAGGGGAAUGUCGUUCCAUUUGCGAGCAUGUCUUCUUUUCUCGGGACAUCGAACGAUCGAUCACGAGGGACAAUAAUUGUCGACUGAAAUUCUGUCAUACGUUCGUUCUGAAGAAAACAAUUUUUUCUCUCCUUCCCGAAGAAUAGAAAAAAUGGAACAAAUACUCGAAGGAAAUUGCAAUAAUCAUUUCGUCGUGAUGAUGUUUUCAAGGAAGCUUUUCGGACGAGCGCCUCGCAAACGAAUCAAUUGUGUGUACAAUAAAUUUCUAUCGAGGGUACAUCAUUGAGGUACACCGAGCAUACUUUCCGUUCGAUAUUUUCGGAGUAAAUAUUACUUGCAGCAAUAUGCAGAACAUGGCUCGCGUAUUCGCCGAUAACUAAGUACCGCGCAUAUGCAUGUUUCGUUCAGCUACGUCCAAUUGUUUUCGAACUUACUUCCAAAUGGUGCUGUUACGUAGUAAUCUUCGCGAUAGAGUAAUUUAUUUAUCUAUUCAUCAGCCGCAUCGUGAAACCAGAUUUGAGACGUCGUAACACGUACGUGUAACGAUAUUUAAACAGGAUAUCUACGAAGGCUCGGGGGAAUGGAAGAGACGCGGUAAUAAUUCUAUUUGAAUACGAAUUUCGUCUCUCGGACGGCAGAACCGUACACUUAUUGUCUGUGUUUGUGUUAUCAGAACCGUGAAAUAAAUUCUAUGUGUCAAUCCUAUAUAAUUCAAACGUAAUAAAUAUAUUUCAACAUACUA